CUUUUAAAGAUGGCGCAGUUAACUGGUGGAGCCACAGAUGGCAAUAAUUUCAUGAGAACUAACUUUUUUUUUUCCACUUUUUAUGAUUAUAAAAUUUGAGAAAAAGUAUAAAAAAACCUCUGGUUUUUUUUGUUGAGGCUCUGGCGAUCGUUAAUAAUUUUUCGCAUUUAUUUUAUUAAAAAACCAAAUUUUUUUGAUUAUUUCGGCCAAAAAAAGUUAAAGCAUUGUUUUAUAACCACCACAACAAAUCAAUAAAAAUUUUCUAGUUAGUGCAGUUUGCUGGACUGAGCACGUGUUUACUUAAAACACACGGAACGUUCAUAUUUAAUAUAAUUAUUAAAAUUCAGAAAUGUCCUCUUCGAUAAGUUCACCAAUUACUUAUAUAAAUACAAGUGUUAGUAAUGAAUCUAUACCAUCUAUAUCGGAGUCGCCAAUCGUUCCUAAACAUCGAGUUGAUAAACCACUUAUUAUAGUAACGAAAACAGAUAUCCCUGCUCAAGAAACAAAAAAAGAGGAAGUAUCGGAUAAAGGAUGUGCGAAAGUUUGUAGAUAUAUACUUAUACGGAGCAAAAGAGUUUUCGAGAUUUUAACAUAUUUUCGGUUGGUCGUCGCUAUUGCGCUUAAUAUUUUGAUUAUUAUUGAUUUGAUUUCAAUAAGACAAAAAAAAGCAAACCUGUUUUGGAUGGAAGUUCUUACGCAGGUUAUUAAUGCCGAAUUUACAUUAUUGACAAUUAUAUCACAUCCUAAAAGAAUUAUUAAUUUACCAAGGGCAAUAAAAAUAUAUAUCGCUAGUAGAAAAAUACCUUACCAACAAAACGAACUAUUUACACCUAAUAUAAAAGAAACACAAAAGAAUGUUUAUAAGAAUUAUGAUUGGUAUUUAUAUGAAGCGACAAGAGCUGACUUAAUAUGCUCACCAGGGAAACUUUUAGUUAUCCUCUUAAUUUGGAAUUUAGGAAGCUUAGCGCAAUACGGUAUUUGUGUAAUCUUAUGGUUUUUUCCGCAACAAGAACGACCUCUAGAAAUAUAUGCUAUUUUAAUUGCAAUAGUAUUAACAUGUGAAAUCUUACCCAUACCUUUAGUAGUAAAACAAUAUAAAAAAGUUAUAAUAGCUAAGGGUGAAAAAUGAUUUAAUACAUUUCCCAUAAAAACUCGAUAAAAAAUAUCGCAAAGCGUGAUAAAUUUUGUUUUGAUAUCAAACAUUUGAUUUAAACAAAUUAAUAUUACUUUGUAGUUUGUAAUGAGCAUAUUGCGUACAAUGUUACGUUCUACUUUGCUAUUGGAUUUUAAAACCCAUUGAAACCUAAGGUAAUUUUUUU